AAAGAGAGAGAAAUUAUACGAAAAAAAAGUUAAUUUUUAUUUAUACGACACACAAACUUAAUGCAAAGUGGGUGUAAAUAAGUUUUAAACAUAAUUUUAAAAUUUUAAAUGCAACAAUGACAUCGCCUACGACCUCAACACAUCCGUAUGGUCUAACAGCGGAUGAUAUGGCCUCUCAGUAUGGAGCAACGGCCACCAUACCGACGACGAGCACCAGUGGACACCAGAUCCAGCCGGCGGUGGCUACUACGGCUGCCGCGGUCAGGCGCGAACGGGAGGAUGCAUUGGAAUAUUUCAUUAAAUUUCCUAAACCAUCGGCCGAAAAUGAUUUUGUGUUGCUCAAUGCCAAUGACAAUGAGGAUAAUAAUGUGCCCAUUGUCAUGCUAUUGGGUUGGGCUGGCUGUCAGGAUCGGUAUCUAAUGAAAUAUUCCAAAAUCUAUGAGGAAAGAGGUCUCAUUACCGUACGUUAUACGGCUCCGGUGGAUACUUUGUUUUGGAAACGCUCCGAAAUGAUACCGAUUGGAGAAAAAAUAUUGAAAUUAAUACAAGAUAUGAAUUUUGAUGCUCACCCCUUGAUCUUUCACAUAUUUUCGAAUGGUGGAGCGUAUUUGUAUCAACAUAUUAACUUGGCCGUUGUCAAGCACAAGUCACCAUUGCAAGUGCGUGGAGUGAUCUUUGAUUCAGCUCCGGGAGAGCGUCGUAUGUUGGGUCUAUAUAGGGCCAUAACAGCAAUUUAUGGACGAGAGAAACGCUGCAAUUGUCUAACAGCUUUGGCCAUUACAUUGACCCUCAGUCUCAUGUGGUUUGUUGAGGAAUCCUUUGCCGCCUUUAAGAGCCUCUUUGUCAAGUCUCCGCCUGUCCAUGCUAGUCCAUUUUGUGAGCUGAAAAACGAGGCAAAUAAAUAUCCACAAUUAUUUUUAUAUUCCAAGGGUGACGUGGUCAUACCCUAUAGAGAUGUGGAGAAAUUUAUACGCUUGCGUCGGGAUCAAGGAAUCGAUGUGUCCUCUGUUUGUUUCGAAGAUGCCGAGCAUGUGAAAAUCUUUACUAAAUAUCCCAAACAGUAUGUCCAAUGUGUAUGCAAUUUUAUCAGAAACUGCAUGGCUAUGCCCGCCUAUAAACUGGAACUGGAGCAACAUCAGCAACAGCAGCAGCAUUAUCAGCAGUCAAAUCUUAAGUAUGAUUAAAAACAGAAAAGCAAGUGUGUGAUAGAGACAAAGGAAAAGCACAACUAAAACCAAAAAAAAACAUAACUUACAUAUUCGAACUAACUAAUCUAAAUUAUUGCAAAACUCUCUCUCUCAAAAAAAGGCUUUAAUGUAGAAACGAAUUUAAAAAUCUAAGCAUAUAUUUUGAAGUCAAAGGCAAAUUGCAAAUAAAAACGGAAACAUUUUAAAAAUUCAAA